AUGGGCCAUUAUACUCAAACCCUCCUGAUAUCAUUCUAUUCACUGACCAGCAGUUGUUUGUUUGCCCAGGUUUUCGACGAGGCUCUUAGGCCCAUGUCUGGCUUUGAUUGGGCCGAAGACGUUGAGGAAGCGCUCGAGCAGCAGUAUGAGCGUUUGAAGUCCAAUGGUAAUUCGGACAGGGAAACUGAGGUGGAUGAUAUAUCCGAAGAAUAUAGCGACACUGAUACCCCCAUCUCUUCUCAACAAGGAGCUGACAUCUCCCCGGUUUGGGGAGAACAUCAUCAUGCGGAUGAACUUCACGGGAAGAAAGGUCCCGUUGGACGAAUGGAACUUGAAACGCCAUUCGGAGUAGUGCCAGUCUCGGAACACUAUAGACGUACUAUGAACCAUUUGCCUCAUGUCAAUGAACAUCAAGAGGACGAUAUAUAUUAUAGCUAUGAAGACAACUACGAGACUGCACAGAUGAGAGGUGAGGUUGAACAAGAGUUUAUAUUUCGCAAUUAUUGUAUGGAACAUGAUGAAGAAGGACAAAUACACCAUUUCAACUGGCUCGGUUACCCGAUCUACGAGUCCAGUGGGACUCCUCCAGUGAUCUCCCUUCUUUUCCAACUGUCAGACCCAAAGAUGCCUAACCCUAGAGACGAGCUUCGCUUUCAAUCUAUCUUUGCGAGAGCUAUGAUGUUUAUCGACCCGGUUAUUGUUGAACUUGAGAAAGGUCUGGAGGAUCUGGACCGUGAAGGCUUUGAUCUUGUCCGAUGGGCUACUGGCCGCGUUACCAGAUUUUAUAGCUUACAUGGUCGAUGGACUGAAGACCGGUUUGAAUGGGAAGAAUGCAGGACGCCAGAUGAGGGGACUCUUGAACCGUACCAAAGUGGAUCUGUGGCCUGUGGCAAUGGCUUCAUCAGCCUCUGCAACAUCCGAUCAAGGCACCAGUGGGGAUGUCACAAGGCUCAGCUUCAAGAGAAGUAUGACAAGGCUUGCCGCGUCGCAGCAGAGAAGUUCUACAUAAAGAGACAAUGCAAAGCCUAUAAACCUUCUUUGCUGAGCCAGUCGAUGAGCCUGAGAGAUUUGGACUGUACCGCAGGUGAGACAUUUGCUUUAUAUAGGAAGGGCUUUAUACUGAUUUGUGACCUUAUAGAAGACCAUACGGAGACGGUCAGCGAUAGCUCAAUCCAUGAGCAAGGAUACGAUGGGAUCUCCGUUGGCUCUCUCGAGGAGAGCGUCGAGGGGCACUGCGACGUGCAACGUACGGAAACAGAUGUCAACGACCGGAGGGAAGGAACACAACAAACAAAAACCCAGCGUUUCGAAAUCCAUACCACAGGCGACCAGACCACCGACGCUAUAGAGAUCUGCGAAGACUGGCAGGCUGUUGUCACAUCCCAGAUUGCAACGGACUCAACCGACACCUGGGAAGCCCUCAGCAGGACGCCAAACGGCGGUCGAAAAAAAGCCUCUAUAAAGAAGGGCCGCCUUGCUCGCUGGAAGGCUAAUCUAAAAGCCUGGAGUGUGACAUUGAAGGGACUGAUGGCCAAACGCUGUCAGUUGAUAUGCAUAAAGGCUCAGAACGUGCUCCGAAAAAGGGAUUUCGCGCGUUAAGCUACGGAACGGACCCUGACCCUGACCUCGAGACGAUGGAUCUAAAUCCGCACCAAUGUUGCCUCUUGGCUAGAUAUCAAUUUCAGUCCUUACACAGCCUUCACAAGCCGGGCUAGAUUCCACCGAGACGUCGGUUACUUGAACAGGAUGGGUUAUUUGAAAUGCUCUGAUACGGAUUGUUUCCAGCUUCCAAGGGUGUUGUCAGGAUUGGGAUUGGGAUCGAAAUCUAGCCAAGAGUCAACAUUGGUGCGGGUUAAGUAUCCAUCAGAGGGUAAAGGUCGGGCUGACUCGACAACAUCUUUACCCGAUAGAUAUGCGUAUGCAUAUCAACCGACAGUUUUCGGCGAUCCGUCCUUUCAACGCGGCGUUCAAGCUUUUAGACAAUCCUGCGACUGUUCCAAGCGAACAAGAUCGCCCAUUUCCUUCGUAUAUGUCGUCAUGAGUUUGUGGCAAGUUUGUUAGUGCUUGACCGUUUUCAGGUGAUCGUCAGGGGGGAAAUUGUUAUUUGGCCACACUCGCUAAACACAACUCUUUCUCCCCUUUCCCCCUCCUCCUCACCUGUUCAACGAUCGUCACCC